GAGGUGGCCUUCUACGAAGAUGGUGAACCCAUAAUAGAUGGUGAAUCAGGGGAUCUUAGGUUUCGGAUUCGCACUGCACCCCAUGAUCGCUUCAAAAGGGAAGGCAAUGACCUGCAUGCAACUAUUACGAUAACUCUGGUGCAAGCUCUUGUUGGUUUUGAGAAGACCAUAAAACACCUUGAUGAUCAUCUAGUGGACAUCAGUUCAAAGGGAAUUACAAAGCCGAAGGAAGUGAAGAAGUUCAAAGGUGAAGGUAUGCCAUUACAUUUCAGCAACAAGAAGGGGGAUUUAUACGUCACGUUUGAGGUUCUUUUCCCUACAUCACUAACGGAGGAUCAGAAGACGAAGAUCAAGGCAAUUCUUGAACUUAGAUCAAACUACAUCCUGACUGGUCAUGUGAAGCAGGAGGAAAUUACUGACAAGACCAACCAUGAAGAGUUUGGGCUGCUGCAUUCACCAUGGAAGGAAAUAAUACAUUACUGGUUUAAGUACAUACUUCCUUACAUGGCUUGA